GCGCGAGUGGCUCCAUUCGCCGCGUCGUCGGAGAGGCCGAGUCCCGAGGAUUCUCAGUCCAGUGGCUGCCCUCGCGCGCGUUGCUUCGACUCGACGCUACGUGACAGUACCCCCGUUAAGGUCGCGCCGCGUCGGUUUCCCUGCUUCACCGAGGAACAGAUCGGAGCGCGAUCCGCGAGCCGGACACUCUCGGCUGGUCACAGGCGCCUAGCGAUCGCGUCGAUCGGUGCGGAGCUGACGGCGCUCGCCAUGCUGCUCGAUCGCUGCCGCCUCUGAGAUCGAUCGAGCCGUUCGCUUUGCACCGAAGGAUCGGAUCCCCGAGUCCCCGUUCAGCUUACGGCUCGCCAGGUGAACGCCUCGAGUCCAGCUCGGUUUAGCUUCGCACCGAUAGACGCCGACGAAAGGUCUCCGCGUCUCCGCUCCUCCAUCCCGAGUCCCGGAGUCCUGGAUCGCUGUCUCGCGCCGCUGGGAUUCUCACCGGGACAGGAAAACAUGAAUGCGCCCGUGUACGCGUCGUCCUGCCCGACGUUGCAGUCGAACCUGUCCCUGCACAGCUCCUCUUACUACAGCGAGUACAGCAGCGCGGCGAGGAGAAGACUGUCCUCCACCGGCGAGCCGGACACCUCGGCCACGUCGAGCUACGAGGGCAGCGACAGUUCCGAGAACAGCGACGAAUCGCGCCUGGAGCCUGUCAGCCAAGUGGAGCGCGAACAGCUCGAGACGUUCUUUCGGGGACUGAAGUCUCAGGUGUUCGUCUGCGAGUCGCUGGCGAACUUGUAUCUGGGGAAUGCGUCUCAAACCGAAAGAUGGGAGCUGCGAUUCACCGGAAUACCGGUGGUGGUUCUGGACCUUGGGGAGACACGGUCGAGAUCCAAGAGGCGGAUUCAGAUUCUGUUGGCCGAGCGCGGCACCUGCUUCACUCUGUGGCGAGAGACCAUCGACAACUUGACUUCGUACAAGGUGUCGGGGCCGGCAUUCCACACGAUGUGCCUGUCUUCCGAUCACACGCGCCUCGCAGGCCUGAGCUUCGACAACCCGAAGGCGGCGAACGACCUGUGGCAGCACAUAGAGCGGCUGGUCUCCUGCCCGGAGAACAUCAGCCUCUCGGUGCCCGGCAAGAAGAAGAAGAAGCCGUUGCCUAAGAAGGUGGUGCUGCCCGCGAAGAGCAACAUCAGCCAGCCCUGCCAGUUCCAGCACGUGACGAGCGUCGACGUCGCCGACCGAUCGCGUUACUUCUCCCUGCAGACGCUGGUCCCGGCUCUGAACGAGCUGGACACCUCGCUGGAAGCGAACUUCUGAGGAAAGGGGAAGCCCGACGACGGGCGCGCGGACGCGUAGCGUCGCCCGGGCCCCGUCGUCGCGAUGCAACGUCGUUUUAGCUGAAUUUCAUCCAACGUCGGGACACCGGAUCGCGCUCUCUCUCGUCCCCGGCGUUGCGCCGGUCUGCGUCGCGACGGAUAAUUCACGUUAGACGCCUCCGGACGGUUCCGGCCAACGCAUUUUCAAUCUCUGUCCACCGGAAAGCAGCGAGUGUUCGCUAACGCACGAACGUGCCGGCAUAUCGGAGGAAGCGCGAAGAGUAUUAUUCAUCGUCGGUGAAUGUGCUUCCAGAGAGGAACAGUUCGGAGAUGUACAGAUGUACAGACGUUGGCGCUCUCGGCACAUUGAGCGCCGGUGACUUAAGAGACAUUUCAAGCCGGCAACGCGCCGGCCGCUUAGCCCAAACGGCUUCGUUCGCUUGUAGCUAAAAGAAUAUUCAAAAUAUUACACGUUUUCGUAAAAUUCAUUUUAACACUUUGCCACGUACGUUCAUCGAAACUCCCAUGUGCUCGAAACAGUUUUCUUCGUUAACCCUUUGUCUGCCACGUAAACACUCAUCGAAACUACCAUAUGCUCGGAACAGCUUUCUUCACUAACCAGACACUGAGAAAUUAAAAUUCUUCUUAAUAAUUGCUCCAUUAUCUUCCUUGUAUUUCGUGUAUGUGAAGCAGCUGAAUGCGCGAGGAACAAUGUACUAAUGACUUCGUUCAUUAGCUAUCAAGAAAGUUUCGAGCAGAUUUUACUUUUGGAUUACAAUCUCAAAGAUUACAAUCUCCUGAGCGGAAAGUAUAGCAAAAUCACCCGAAUUCCGGUGACGUGGCAGUCAAAGUGUUAUAUUAUUAUAUUCGUCGUAUCCAGAAAUGGAGAUCCAGAGGUCCGCAUUAUCGCGGGACCGGCGCUCAAUGUGUUAGAUUCGCGCGUGGACAUUGCAAUUGUCGUCGCUCCGAGAUUCACGCCGUUUCCACGGGGGUUUUUCGUUUUUCACGAAGUCAGGGACACCUCGACGUUGAUUCUCGAACGAAUUCACAGUCGGUGCCGAAGGAGAGUUUCCCUCCUCGAUGGUUCUGGCGUUGCGGGGGGAUAGUGCGCACGCUCGGAGGACAGAGUAUCUCGUCGAAUCGGUUUUGAAAGAUUAAAAUGAAAUAGGGAUUUCUGGUCCGUCUCUCGGAGAACGGCUUCGUCGUUCCAACGGAUAAGAGAAGUAUUCACGUAAAUGUUGUAAUAGUUGUAGAACGUUUUCUCUCGUUGCUCGGAUUUGAUCUUGUCGAUCGCCUCUUCGGGAAGAGGAUUCUCUGUAAUGUUCAUCGUGUUCGUGUACAAAUGAAAAUCAUUCCAUUGCCGAUCUUCCUAUUCAGUCGGUUCGACCUGUGUUUCGGUUUCGCUGGACACGUUGAGCGCCAUGUUUGUCACCGAUGAUUGAUGCUUCUCAGUUGAAGAUCGUGACGGGGUAGAUGACGAUGUUGAUGAGGAUGUUCACGUUGAAUGCCGAUUCCGUAGAGAAGUAUAUACGAAAUGGGAAAAUAUUGAAUCAUUUGAUUGAAUUGCGUUUAUUAUUGCAUCAAGCUGAAUGUCGCAUUAGAUAGUAGUAUUGAUAUAGAAGUAUUUUCAAAUAAUCAUCGUUUAAUCGAUGAAACUAUAAUAAUUCAAUUUGAUUGGCAUUCAACGUGGUUGUAACGUAACGAAGUUGAUAGGAGUGCAGAUAAUUAAUAAUUGUCCCUUUUCUUCGUUACGAAAGUAUGACUACCAAAAAGCGUCAAGAUUUUCGUGGCGCUUAACGUGUUGACCCUUUGCACUCGCUUCUCGCUAGAAAUAUUUAGCAGCUUCUGAAUUUCGAAUUUUAUUCGAACAUGAUAUUUGAAACUAACUCGAAAUCACGAGUACAUCGAGGCAAGCUGUUUCACUCGAAUAUUUCAUGUAUCGACAUUAUACAAGAUUCAACGUUAACCCUUUGCGGACGAAGAUCGCUGAAAC